CACACGCGGGUGCCAGCGCGUGCAUUCGUCGUCGCGAGCCAUUCGCCUCGGUGAAUUCGAACCGGCUGGAGGCCUCGAAGGACAUCGGUAGCCCUAUUGCAAGAGGAUGAGUUACCCGGCGGCUCCAGGUUAUGAGGCGUACGCCGCAGCCGUAGGGCAGAGCUAUCCUUUCGGCAACCAGGGCUACCAGACAUCGGGUAUGCAGCAGCAGAUGCCGUCGGCGGCGUACGCGGCCGUCCAGAAUGCCCUGCAGGCUGCUGCGCUAGAAGCGCAACAGCAACAGCAGCAGCGGUACGCCAUGGCAAACCAGAGCUACUACGAAAACGCAAUGGCUGCCGCCCACCAGGCGGCCGCGGUACUUCAGCAGCAACAGCAGGAGCAGCAACAAAAGCUCAUUCAGCAGCAGCUGCAACAACAACAGCUACAACAGCAGCAGCUACAACAGCAACAGCUGCAGCAGGUUCAGCAACAGCUUCAGCAGCAGCAAUUGCAGCAGCAGUAUGCGCGCCAGGCCCGGAUGUACCAGUACCCGACGCAGGCCUACGCCAUGCCGCGGACCAACCAGGCGGCAUACCAGCAGCCGGGCUACCCGAGUUCCAGAAGCUACGGAGCAGCCCAGACGGGUGCUUCGGGGUACCUGCCGAACGGAGCGACAGGCUACUCGGCUGGCUGGCCAAGCGCAGGUGCUACUGCUGACAUGCAGUCAAAAAGUCCAUGGGCCGCUUACCAGCCAGCGACAGGGUCGUGGGUAUCUCGGUGCGUUCCACCGCAGAGCGCCAACGCCGGUCGCCAAAAUUACUACUACAGUAGCAGAUACCCACACGGAAACUACCAUUCAGGCUACGGCGUUUCCAACGUCCCCACUCCGGCUGGCUACCGUACUCAGAACUACGGACAGGGAUACCCACAACCGGGUGUCUACCAAGUGCAGUCCCGUUAUCCUCAAGGUCGAUAAAGGACGGAGCCGUCCGGUGCGCGGACCCAAACCUCCGCAGACGUGGAGACGUGGACCAAGGGAACAGUCGGUGCUUGAAGGGCCACCUAGCCAGAAUAUUAAAGUAGUAGUUCCGAGGCACAGAGGGGUCGUGUUUUCAUAAGGUGGUGGUGUACAAAAAAAAA